GCAAGACGUGUUGAUGGUGUCGAUCGGUUUCAUUGUUUUUCCCUCGUGUACGUCUUCACUGUGCAGAAAAAAAAAUCGCGCACGCUCAAUUUUUUUUAUCUCUAAAGCCCAUGAAUUUAUACACGACAGACUGAUAACAAGCUGUAAAUAAAACAUACACGAAAUUUUUCGCUGUUUGAGUUACACCUCAAUAAUGUAACUGCAACUGCAAUAUAAGUUUACCGACAGUACGUGCGAAUUGUUUCUUAUGGAAAGUUGCUCCAAGUUUGAUGAUGUAUUUGCGAGUUCUCAAUCGACCUGUAAUACCAUGCCUUUGAAACACAUUCGUCCUCAGAUGGAUGGGAGUGCUUCAACCGAAGAACUGGCCAAGAUGUACGGCGUCGCUCCAGGUGCAAAAAUCCACAGCGUGCACCAUCGCCAACCUCCCAGUAUACUAUCCUCGACUACGUCUUCAUCCGCAUCGGUAGCCACCAAUGCCGGAAGUACAGCCGCCCUGCUGCAUACGGCUAGACACAAAAAAACUCACAAGAAGAAGAACUUGCAGAGUUAUUAUAAACAUAACUACCACAACAAGACUUCUUCCAGGCCUAAGGAGUGUAAUUCGCUAUUAUCCGCGAACGCUGUGCCAUCCAUUUUUGAAAACGUCAAGAAAAAGAAGGAGAAACAAAAGAAGGUUUCGACUGUCAGUCAGCAGCAGUUUUUAAGCGAUGGAGAUUCCGAACUCGAGUACGAGAGCAUAAAUGCCCGAGCGGAAGUGAAAUACAAGCUACAAGCCGAGCGUCCAAAUUACUUGCCUGUGGUUUUAGCAUCGUUGACAAUUUCGCUGGGAUCAUGCGCCGUCGGAUACUCGACGGCAUACACUGCUCCUGCGUUGCCAUCCAUGAAUGUAGAAGGAAGCAUCCACGUCAGUGAAGCUGAGGGAUCAUGGAUUGGAAGCUUGAUGCCAUUUUCAGCCUUGAUCGGAGGUAUCUUAGGAGGGCCUAUGAUCGAAUCCAUUGGCCGAAGAACUACCAUCUUAUCGACAGCGUUACCAUUCACGAUUUCAUUUUUGUUAAUAUCAUUCGCUCCAAACGUAUUAGUGGUUAUGUUCGGCAGAGCUUUAUCUGGAUUCUGCGUCGGUAUAUGCUCGUUAGCUUUACCAGUGUAUUUGGGAGAAACCGUGCAACCGGAGGUACGGGGGACGUUGGGUUUAUUACCUACGACGUUUGGUAACGUAGGUAUAUUAUUAUGUUACGUUGCUGGCAAAUACUUGAAUUGGAGGUGGCUGGCAACACUGGGAGCGGGAAUUCCGGUUCCAUUCUUAAUUUGCAUGUUCCUUAUACCAGAAACGCCGCAAUGGUUUAUUAAUAAAAACCAACAAAAGAAAGCUCGCAAAGCUCUCCAAUGGCUACGAGGACCGGAUGCCGAUGUAACGCAAGAAUUCAACGAAAUAGAAAAAGCCAAUCAAGCCAACAAAGCUCAAGAACCACCCACGUUUACGACCAUCUUUAACCGAAUGUACGUUAAACCUUUGCUCAUAUCAUUGGGCCUGAUGUUCUUCCAACAGAUGAGCGGUAUCAACGCGUAUAUGUUCUACUCUGUACAAAUCUUCAAAGAUUCCGGUAGCACAAUCGAUUCGAAUUUAAGCAGCAUUAUCGUCGGUUUAGUCAACUUCUUCUCGACCUUUUUGGCCACCGUAUUUAUCGAUAAACUUGGCAGAAAAGUAUUACUUUUCAUAUCGAGCGGUACGAUGACAUUGAUGUUGGGAGUACUCGGAGCGUUCUUUUACUUCAAGCAUAUCGGAGUCGAUGUGCAGGAGUACGGAUGGAUUCCUUUACUCAGUUUCGUAACCUUUGUGCUCGGAUUCUCGGCCGGAUUUGGACCUAUACCGUGGUUGAUGAUGGGUGAAAUUUUACCAGCUCGUAUUCGAGGUUCGGCUGCAUCUCUAGCAACGGCGUUCAAUUGGUCGUGUACUUUCAUCGUAACCAAAACGUUUACCAACCUAAAAGAUUUGAUCGGUUUCGCCGGAGCUUUCUGGCUUUUCGGCACCGUCUGCUUGGCCAGCAUGGUAUUCGUGGUAUUAUGUGUUCCCGAAACACAGGGUAAAAGUUUGGAAGACAUCGAGAGGAAUUUGACAGGAGGCGGUACUAAAGUUCCAGUACGACAUGUGAGAAGAAUGAGUUCGAUAGCGCAUUUGAAGCCUUUGCCCAUGGCUGUAUAAUAUGGAGACUGUUUUCGUAUUUAUAAUUUUGUUUAACAAUAAUUAAUUUUUAAUUUUAUAUAUACAUAUUUGAAAAAAAAAAAGUUAUAUGACUAGAAUAUCACAAUGAAACUCAUCUGGUACCUUAUAUUGUUCUUCUAUAUACUUUUUUUUUCUAAAAAAAGUCUUUAUUUUUUUUUUUUUAAACGUAGACCAAUUUUCUCGUCACUUGUUUUCUAUACCUUAUAAAUAAUGAUACGUGUUGGUUUUUAAAUAAUGUAUUACUUAAUUACUUAGUUGAAGCACAAUAUUAUUUUCUACAGUAGUGAUCUAAUACUGUGUGCAUUUUGAAGAAAAAAAUUUCCCCCCUCCCUUCUCUCUGUGAUGCGGUCAUCGUACGUUUUUUUUUAUCUUUUGAAUCGUUUGUUCGUGUGUCCGGUUUAAUUAAGCAAUUUAUAGGAAUUGUUGCGAUAAUUCGACGUGUAAGUUUUUUUUUAGAAGAUCGAGUUUAUACUUUGAAAAACAGUGUAAUUUUUUUUACUCAAAAUUUGUCAUUUUUUUUUAGUCUAUUUAUUUGUUUCUUUUUUUUGUUAUUUUUCUUUAGGUUUUAUUUAUUUCUAUUUUUAGUUAAUUAAAAAUGAAAAAUGAAAAAAAAAGGGAACGAUUCUUGAAUCGAGCAUAAUUUUUUUCUGUAGCAUUUAAUUGUAAAUAGGUAUUGUAUAUGUUAUGUAAUAUAGAAAUAGUUGUAUAUACUGUGUAUGCGUACAAAUGUAAGCAUAUUUUAUGCCGGAAGCAUCUCGUUUCAUAAUAAGAUACGUAGUAAAUCGUAGAUCAUUUCACGCGGUUUAGACUGCAAAAAAAAAACAAAAAAGGUAUCGACGUCUCGUGUAAUUAUUUUUAAAACUAGAAUAGAAUUAUUUUUCGUAUUUAAAUUACGUGAUUCGCGUUCAUUUGUGAUGUAAAUUGGUGAAUUUUCCACCUACAAAGACUAAUAAUUACUAAUUAGUGAUUUGUAAUUGGUGGAAAAUUCGUUCGGUUCGUUUGAAAAAUUGUAUUUUUUUUUAUUUGUAACUGAAAAGUACUCGGAUCAUCGAACUAAAAUUCCGUGAAAAUUAUUCUCAUCCGAAUAGGCGAUUUAUUUACCAAUUUUGUAAAUCUCGUUCGUUGAUUCCCUUUUCUCGAUGUCAAUUUCUUAAAUACGAAUUACGUAAUUUCUUACGAUUUAAUCGAGACGAUAAUAAUUUUAAUAGAAAUAAAUUUUCGAAAAUUACAUCUAUUUAAUACGAAUGCUUCCGGCAUCGGUUAAUUAUUAAUUUAAAAAAAUUGUUGUUUGCAAACGCAUACACAAAAUGCUGUGAUUUUAAUAUGUGAUUACGAAUUUUAUAUGCAGAGAUAAUUUACAAUAUGUCGUGAGAUGAAAAAAAACACACCUAAUGACGUAUUUUGUUUUUUUUUUCUUUUUUUUUUGUAAUGAUCAAAUUUUCUUCGCGUCUCGUCGUCAAGAGUACCUACCUAAAUUAGAAGGAACAAAUUGUGUGACCGAAAUUAGGUAAUAUAUUAGUAUUUUAUUAUUUCAAUCUUGGCAAUAUAUUCGGAUACGUGAAAACAAUUGUGGGAUGGGUGGCUGUAUAUUGAAGUAGUGUAAUUUCAUUCCUCGCAUAUAAUUUAUGUAUUGUGUAUUUUUAAAAAUUUAUUAAUUUACAAAAAAUCCAUCGAGACCACACUUUUUCGAUCUUAUUAUAUCGAGCUUAUAAUGAAAAAAAAUUAUUCACCCGAUCCGAGUGGUUUUUGCAAUACCUAGACCUAUAUACGCCGGGUUAACAAUUGUCAACGUUUUUUUUUUCCGCCAUAUUAUAACGCAAUAGAUCCACUCGCGUCUUUGAAAUUGCUGCAUUUAAAAGAAAUUUUUGAAAAAAAAAGAGAAAUAUUUAUUAUGUUUAUUUUGUAGUUACACUUCGUUACCUUACAUCGUAUGAUAUUGGAUAGAAAUAUUAUUGUUAAGAGAUGAAAUCAUAUUUUGUUAUCGUAUGAGAAUACCUUGGUUGAUCCGGUUUCUCUGUGUUUCUGUUAUGAGAAAAUGUUAACAAUUAUCCAAUGUGUUACUGACAUUUUAAUUAUCAACAAAUAUACUAAUAUUUAUCUUCGGAUGUACAA